CCGAUUCCACUGCUGCGCAUUGGACCGUCGCGUUUCCUGACCCUUGUUCAGUUUGCUGCUUGUUUCGGAGUGUCUGGAACGGUCCUGGUUCUUGGGUUCGAGCAUGACCGCUACUGUUUCGCGACCUUCAUUCUCUUUUUCUUUUUUAAUUAGACCCGCCUGCCCGCCCUGUUUUGAAAUUCUGAAAAUCUUCAACCUCGCUUCUUCAGAGCUGCUCAUCGUCCCUGGGUGUUGCAAGAAAACUUCCAUUUCCGUCCUACUCAGCGCUACAACGGCGACGUGCGAAGAAGAACGUUUUCGCCGCCUGGCCAUGCGAUUUCCCAUCACCGUUGCUUCCUUCUUGCAGGCCUUGUGGGAUUGAUCAACUCGGUUGUGGCAGAUCGUCCGGUGCUUCCUGUCUCCGCCUCGUCGCAUCUGCUCCGCUUCGUUGCAUCUGCUCCACCUCGUCGCAGCUGCUCCAGAUUGAAGAACAUCCUCUAUCGCUACUUCGGGAGCAAAGCUUGAAGUGGACUUUCCCUAGAUCGUUGGGUGAUCCACGUGGCCCAUUCGCAAGAAUUUUCCCUCCUUUGCACAAGAGAAGAGCCAUCUACAUUUUUGGUUGCAAUAACAAUAACGAACCUAUCACGUUUUUUUUCUUUGCAGUGACGAGCAAACAAAAACCAUCCCCGUUUUACUCUUUCGGUCGUCUCAUAGGCACCCAGGUGAAGCUUUGAUGACUGGUACUCCGGCAGUAAGCAGCUUAAGAGCAGCUUUCUCGUAUUGUGUACAACAAGUGCGUAGCUAUGAUUAUCAUCACUAUCUUUGCCUUCUUGAACUGCCCCCAUCUAUGCGGAAGGCAGCAUUUGCACUCCGCGCCUUGAAUGUUGAAACAUCUAGAGCUAUGGAUGUGGCUUCAGAUACCAGGAUCGGUCUUAUGCGCCUUGUAUGGUGGCAAGAGGCCAUAGACAAAAUGUACUCCAAUAAAUUGAUUGAACACCCAACAGCGCAGGCCCUUUCGUCUGUGAUAGCAGAGACCAAGCUUAGUAAGACAUGGUUGAAACGAUCUGUUGAAGCCAGGAUCAAUGACGCAAGAAGAGAGGACACUGAAAUGCCAGAAACCAUUCAAGAAUUGGAGAAAUAUGCUGAGGACACAGUAUCAACCAUGCUUUACUUGACCCUUCAAGCUGGUGGGAUCAAUUCAACUGCAGCAGACCAUGCAGCCUCACACAUUGGAAAGGCCAGCGGCAUUCUCCUUCUCCUCAAAUCACUGCCUUAUCAUGCAAGCCGCAACCGCCAUUUUUCUUACAUACCAACUGAAGUGGCAUUCAAGCAUGGUUUGAUAGUUAAACAAGGUGGUCGAGACGAGGUACGAUUGGAUCCUCGUGAGGGGCUUCGCAAUGCUGUUUUCGACAUGGCAUCGGUAGCCAAUGCUCACUUACAGAAAGCUCGGCAGUUGGCCAAGAGUGUCCCUGCUGAGGCAGUUCCAGUGCUCCUGCCAGCAGUGCCUGCUGAGGUUAUCUUAAAUACCCUAAGUAAGUUCCAAUUUGAUGUAUUUGAUUCAAGGCUAGCAAAAGGAGUUCUGGGAAUACCCCCUUUGUGGUACCAACUUAAACUGAAGUGGGUUUCAUGGAGAGGAAAGUACUGAGAAGUUAUGUUAUGUAUCCUAUCUCAAAUGUUAGAAAUUUUUCAUAAAAUUUCCCCCUCUGAUUAGAAGAGAUAGCUUCUAUAUUUUGUGUGGUCUUAAUAAAAGAUACGUUUCUUGUGUUCAAAGACAAUAACUAAGGUGAUAUUAACUUAUUAAGUAUCUCUGGAGAUUAUUUGAUUUCAAAUUUCAAUCUCAAGCAUUUGUUUGUACUUGAUCCAUA